ACCUUUCUGGGCAGGAGUGUGGUGUGGCAUGUAGCCUGUUGUUUUAUCCAAUAGGAUCCGCCACCUGUUGGUGUUGACACAGCACGGCUCCACCCCUGGUGGUUAGUGCCAAGUAUCUGUCCUGGACACAGGGUCCAUAUCUCCUUGUGCACCAUGUGGUCACCAUCGCCAUUUACUGAAUCCGACGUAUUGUUAUUCCUUCUGAAGGAAAACUUGCCGCGCCGCCUAUCCCAUCUAUUUUCCAGUUGCACAUCCUCCCAAACCCAUGUAUCCAGCUGUGAUUUCCUGGCGGCCAGAUGACCCCCCUUGUGCCGUUCAGAGUUCACACACACAUGGGCAGAACAAUACACCUGCUGAUACAAUCCCCUUGCGAGGCACUGCCUUGGCGAAGCAGCGAGCAAUGGACAGGACGAGGCUUAAAAUAGAGCGGUCCUUGAUUGCCAAUGUUUGGACGAUGCGAGAAUGCCGCAUGUUGGCAAGUGCUCCAGGGGUGUUCUGCUCCGGAAUCACGUUAUCCAUCACUCGGAUCGGAAUUAUGGACAGCUCUGGCAGCAGAUACACAGGCUUGCAAGCUGCUUGCUGAUACUCCCUUUUAUCCGUUCACACAGGCUGGUAAU